CCUCGCAGAUUGGGGGAGUCUUUUCUUUUGGGGGGGAUUAUCUCCUCUCCACCAUCCCCAAGGAAGGAUCCACCGACCAGCCUUGAGAUCUGGCUUCCUCCUCCGGGGCCACGACGCGUGGGAACCCAAGAGGCGCCGGAGAGGACGGGGAAUCGGGCGGAGGGGGCGAUGGGGCCCCCCAAGAUGCCGACGCCUUCGGGGCUCGCCCGGGGCUUCCUCCUGGCGCUCCUGCUGGGUGGGAUUCAGCUCACUGAGAGCAACUCCUCACACACGGCUGUCUGUCAAGGCUACCCUGACAUCCGGAAGGAGCCACAAGGCCAGAUCCGUAGCCCUUCUUCCCAAGGGACGACAUACAGCAGUUGUAGCUGGGUCAUUCUGGCCGACCCUGAGGAGAUCAUCAGUAUCAGGUUCCAGCACUUUCAUCUCUCCUGUACCUCGGAGAUGCUGAUCAUCCAGUCAGCCUCGCUCCCUUCAUCCCCUUGGAAAAUCUGUGGCUACCACACACCUGAGCCCCUCCGGAUAAAGGGAGGCAACGUGACCCUGAGUUACAACUGGAAGUUCAUGACAGGAGAUGGGUUUCAGCUGAAAUAUGAGAGAGAAGCCAGCAGGCCACCCGUCUUCCCCUGCAACCUCACCCUGGACAACUUCUACGGCAUCUUUUUCUCGCCCGGCUUCGCCUCCGACUCCUACCUGGGCGCUGCGCAUUGCCAGUGGGCCCUCGACGCCCACGACAGCCGGCCUCUGAGCAUCCGCUUCACCGCCCUCAGCCUGGGCGUCGGGGACUCCCUGAGGGUGUACGAGGGGGCGCCCGGAUCCGCGCCGCGCCCCCGCUUGCUGCGCAACCUCGACUACACCAGCAACAAGAAAAUGGUCGCCGUGGACUCGCCUUCCAGCCGUGCGUGGGUGUCCUAUGAGGCGGCGCCGGGAACAUCAGGCCGCGGCUUCAACGCCACCUACCACGUGCGGGGCUUCUGCGUCCCAUGGGAUUUCCCCUGCGGCGGAGGUGACGGCGAGGGGGCCACUUGCUACAGCGCUGCCGAGCGCUGCGACGGGUUUUGGGACUGCGCCAGCGGCGCCGAUGAGGACGGCUGCAAAGGCUGCCCCGUGGGGCAGUACCCCUGUGGGGGGCGCGGGAUCGGCGGGGCCGGCUGCUACGGGCCGGCCGACCGCUGCAAUUACCAGACUUUCUGUGCCGACGCUGCGGACGAGCGCCAUUGCUAUUCGUGCCAGCCGGGCAACUUCCGGUGCCGGGACGGGCGCUGCAUCUACGAGAGCUGGGUGUGCGACGGGCAGGCGGACUGCAUUGACGCCUCCGACGAGGCGGACUGCUCCUACGUCCUCCCGCGGAAAGUGGUGACGGCGGCGGUCAUCGGCAGCCUGGUGUGCGGCCUUCUCUUGGUGAUCGCGCUGGGCUGCACCUGCCGACUGUAUGCCCUCCGCAGCCACGAGUUUGGUAUCUUAUCCCCCUUGUCGCGGAUGGAGGCCCGGCUGGUGCAACGGCAGGCACCACCUUCCUACGGGCAACUCAUUGCUCGCGGCAUCAUCCCCCCUGUCGAAGGCUUCCCCACGGAGCACCCUCAUCAGAAUUCAGUGCUGGGGAACUUGAGGUCUCUGCUGCAUAUGUUCCGCCACGACACAGUCGCCGCCACUGCCGCUGGUGGGAACCGCCGCCCACAUCGCAGCCGCUUCCUGCGCCGCUUGGCGAGGCGCAUGCGGCGGUUGGGACUGCUGCCUCGGCCUGCUCCAACCACCUCCACUUCUGCCUCCGCUGCCGCCGCCACUACCACUACCACAACCACCUCUUCGUCACACUCCACUCCGGAUACCCUGCCUGAGCCACUACCCGGAGAGGAAAACACAACUUCCGGCCAGCUGGAAGAGCAAGCCCCGCCUCUUCCCCAGAAGGCCCCGCCCCCACCUGCCGAGCCUGCGCCAGAGCCCCAGGCCCCGCCCCCUCCCACCCCGCGGUUUUCGGGGAUGAUGCGCUCUCUCCGCGUACGGCUGUUCUCCCCUGCGCUGCCAUGCUCUGUGGAGGCAGGCAAUCCUCUCAGCGCCCCUCCGUCUCCCGAAGACGAGGAUGACGUCCUUCUGGUGUCCCUCACCGUGCCCGACUCCGAGAGCGGAAGCGCGUCUGCCGACUGGGCUGCGGACGACGAGCCCCUUCUGACCUGAGCGGCCUUCUGCAGCAGCAUCCAGACUCUCUUACCCAAACACUGGACGUUGCCUUUUAAGAACUGCACACAGGGUUACUUAUGCACAACAGCAGAAGCAGAAUUUUUUCCACCUCUCCCCCACAACCCACCAGCAAUCCCUUCCCUUCCCGCUUCCCUAAAGGUAUAUUUUGUGGUGUAUGGGAAAGGAUGGCAGUUAAAAAAAAAGAAGAAAGUUCUUAAAGGUUAUUUUCCACGCUUGGCGUUUGAGCAAGAGAAUAGGGGCCACCGCGACACCUCUCUUUCCUCAGUCAUUUUGAGGAUUGAAAUACCAGCUCAGCGGAACAGGGGAGCGAUGCUUGCGUACCACGUAAAUCGGGGUUCUUUAAAGGGGAGAGAUUCUGAUCUGGUAUACCGUCGCUGUUUCUAGUUCUGCGCAACGAGACGAGAGAAAACAAAUCCCUAGGGGCCACCCAGUUAUCUUGACACCUCCAUCUUCUGAGAGCUGCCUGCCGCGGGUUUUGUUUCAGUCAGUGCUGAAAUCGCGGCUUGUGUGGAAGAAGUGAUAGGAGUACAUGCACUUGACAUUUUAAGAAAUGUUCUUGGAAAGUGAGGAGGAGGAAAUGAAAUAUACUUCUGCAGGGAGAAGCUCAGCUAUGUCUGCCUGAAGGAAGGAGAGUUAUGUAGUAGUCAGAAGUAACCCUUACAGGCACUGUAACCCUUAAAAGCAGUGACUAAAUUGGCGGGACCCCAAUCCUAAUUUUGCAAUGCCACAGCAGAGAGGAAAAAAUCAAGUGAUUCAGGUGGACUAGAAAAUUAUUAUUGUGGAGUUGUGGAAAGAUUAAAAGAAGGAGGAAAGGCUGAAGUCAGCAACUCAGCUUAAAUUCUUCUGCAGUAGUUGCAAAACAACAUUUUGACUGUGCACUCCCUAUGUAUGUUUACUCAGGAGUAAAUCCCAAAUUUGUUCAAAUGGACUUACUCCCUGGUAUAGAGAUAGAAUUGCAGCCUUAGGCAGGGAAAAGGAUGGACAAUAUUUUGUUCCCUUUAUUGAUUAAAUGUUUUGUAAGUAAGCUAUUUUUUGAAAAAACACAGAAAAUGAAAGAAGUUAAAUUUUGCACAUGGAAUAUCCAAACAGCUUUAAAUAAGGAAAAUUUGUAUGAAGGAUUUAUUUUUGUAAAGAAAACACUCCUUGAGAAGAGUGAUCAGUUAAGAUUUUUAGUCGUGAUCAUUGCAGAUUAUUUCUUUGGCGGUGACCAAAAGCACAGAAAACGAUGCAUGGAUCCAAAGGCCCAAUAAAUUAACAUAACUUGGUAUAAAUGAUGAUAAAAAUUAGAUUUUAAAAGGUAAAGGUUAUAUCUGGCUAUUUAAUAUAAAGAGUACUAUUUUUAAAAGAUGAAGCUAAGGCUUCGUUCAAGCCAGUCAGAGCACGAAGAGUUGUUUUUCUAAAUAUGACGUUAGAACAGUUAACAACUCUUAAUUCUACCUGAUUUUUUUUUUAAGGCAGUGGCUCAUUCUUAAGCAUCUUUCUUAGACAGGUGUUUAAAAAGGAGCAUAAAAGGGUCAUAUUUUCAUUGAGUCUUUGCCCAGAUCUUUGUAUGUCUAUUUUUAAAAAUAAUAAUAAUAAUUAACUGACAAUAUUCAAAAAAUAAUUUCAAAAGGACAUUGUGGGUGACUUCCAAUGUUAUCUGCCCGUUUGUGCAAAAGAUAUCAGCUUUGCGCAAGAAUGUUUCUGGUUUCUCCUCUGCUGCCUCCAGAUCUUCUUCAGAGGGUCCCCUUGCCUUCUGGAGCAUAAUUUGAGGGUUUCAGGAGGGGCUGAAGGGGCAAGAGAGGAAGGAGAGCCCACAUUUCAGAAGUGGAAUUUCUCUCACACUCUCUUGCCUCUUGCCCAUUAGGUGUGAAUUGGAGCUGGGGAACCUCUGAGCCUCCAAACAUUGUUGGACUCCAACUCCCAGCACCCCAACUAUCUUGGACAGAAGUUGGCACUCAUGGGAGUUGUAGUCCAGUAGCGUCGGAGGUAUCGCAGGUUCCUUAUCCCCUACCACAGGGUGUGUGGUGGCCAUGCUUCUGAAAACCAGUAGCAAGGCUAAGCUAUGUCUGUAUAAAGCUUUAUAGAGGUGAAAGAAAACAGCUUUUCCUUGUUGCUUUUCAACUGACACGAUUCUCUGUCCGGAGAUUCAUUUUGGCAAUAACAGGCUCAGAUGCAAUGACCAUGAUGGAUUCUUCUUCUACUUCUACUUCUACUGUUGAUCCAGCUGUUGAUAUGCAAACGGGGGGGGGGGGGUGAGGUGGAAGCCCCGCCAGAUUAGAAAGUCUGCAGAACAUUCCAAAUCAAAACGAUACACUGCAAUCCUGUCAGGUAAAGAAACCUCCUAACAGGAUUUUGCUAAACCGGUGCCUUCUUAAUCGCACAAUCUAUGGGCGCUCCACGUGACUCAGACGAAGCAAACCAGGGCAGAGGUGGGGGGGCCUCUGCAAUUGGCAGCUAUUACUGUACCUCUCCUGGCACACCUGGGCCUUGAACGCCUUCCCCAGGAAGGAUGGGAAGUGGGGCUGCGACUCCCAUCAUCCCUAAGCCAGCACAGUCAGUACACAGGGAUUAUGGGAGCUGCAACCUCUGGAAGGCCACAAAUUCCCUGUCUCCCCCCUUUAAAAAAAAGAGUUAGGUGAGAUGUUCAAGCCCCGUUGAAAUGGACCCACGGUGCAUUGGUUCCCCUGGCUUUGUUAGCUGCUGGCACAAGUAUGUAUGCGUGUGAGAUAUAUAGAUAUAUAUACAUAUAUAAAUUAUAUAUAAUUUAUUCUUAUUUGCUGACAAGAGAUGCUUCUCGGAGAAAUCAGUGGCGACAUUUAAUGGAAGCCAGGAGUUCAUGUUUUACUGCUGUCUUGUUCUGUUCUCUCCCCCAUCUGGGUAGGUGUGUGUGGAUAACUGACAACGUCGAGUUCUAGAUGAGCAAAUAUUUGCACUGUGUAUUUUAGUCCGUUGAGCUGUGACCACUAACUGGGGCCGCGCUGUUUUGUUAUUUCACCUUCUGUUGCCUUUUCGAGUUUUUUGCUAAGAAUUAAAAAGAGAGAUUUUGAACUGUAA